UGAACAGGCAACAAAACAUCUGAGCAGACGGCGUAGAUCAACCCCGUCGGCAUGUCAAAUACCCGUAUUAUCGUCAAGAACCUGCCUCAGAGGCUCUCUCAGGAUGGGUUCGCUAAGCACUUCAGCACCCACGGUGAGGUGACCGAUGUCAGACUCGUUACCAACAAGAAGACUGGCCAGUCAAGAAGGUUUGGUUUCAUUGGUUACAAGACGGCGAAGGAUGCUGAGGAGGCAAUCAAAUGGUGGAACAAUACCUUCGUUGGAAUGUCCAAGGUGGAGGUAUCUUGGGCUAGGGAGUCUGGUGAUGCGGAUAUGCCUAAGGCGUGGUCUGCGCACACUCCUGGUACCACUGCCUAUAACAUCGCACACGCCCCUCCUGCCGCUGUUACCGAGGACGGAUCAAAGAAGCGUAAGCGCGACGAUGAACCUGCACAUGACGCGUCACAUAUCGCCAAGUUGCGUGCGUUGGAGGAAGCGAACGACCCGAAGUUGAAGGAAUUCAUGGAUGUCAUGGCGGGUACAAAAGGUCGCAGAACCUGGGACAACAAGGAUUCGGCUUUGGAGUUUGCCAUGCAAAACCAAGACACAGUGGCAGUGGCGGAACCGCAGAUGAUGCAAUUGGUGGAAGGAAAGGACGACGAUGAGUACGAUGAGCUUCCGCCGAAGCAGGUGCACCAGGAUGUUGUCAGUGAGCUUCCGCUUGCGGAGGAGAUGUCUGUGAAUGUGAAGGAAGCUACGGAGGAGUCUGUACCUGCUGUACAACCUGAAGGGAUGUCGGAUAUGGACUGGCUGCGUUCGCGUACCAAUCGCUUGCUUGACCUUGAUGAGGAAGACACUUCGAUGCCCCCUGUUCGUCCGCCUGCUCUUACAUCUGUUGUCCGAGAGGUGGCAUCAAACCCUUCAGGUUCUGAGAAUGCCCCGCUUGUCGCCGAGCCCCAGGAUGAGGAGGCAGAAGACCAUGGCGCUGCCGCAGAAGAGGAGAUCCUUGAACAGAUCCAAAGCACUUCCAGGUUGUUCUUACGAAACCUUCCUUUCACGGCCACCGAGGAUGAUUUGCGAGCUUUGUUUGGUCAGUUCGGUGAGGUUGAGGAGGCUCACAUUCCGAUCGACAAAUCAACCAAUUCCGCCAAAGGCUAUGCUUACAUUCUAUUUACUGCGCCGUCUUCUGCCGUUACUGCAUACAAGGCUCUCGAUAGGCAGCAUUUCCAGGGUCGUCGACUCCAUAUCCUUCCUGCUCAGGCCAAGCGUGAGCAGCACAAGCUCGAUGAUUUCGCAAUCUCAAAGUUACCCUUAAAGAAGCAGAAGGAGCUUCGUCGCAAGGCUGCUGCGAACAAGGAGCAGUGGUCGUGGAACUCUAUGUACAUGAAUCAGGAUGCUGUGAUCAGUUCCAUUGCUGACCGGUUUGGUGUAUCCAAGUCUGAGGUGUUGGACCCAACGAGCUCGAACGCUGCUGUCAGACAGGCUUUGGCCGAAACGCACGUCAUUCAGGAGACGAAGGAGUACUUGAAGUCAGAAGGAGUGGAUCUGGACUCCUUCAAUAAGAAGGAAAGGAGCGACAAUGUGCUCUUGGUCAAGAACUUCCCUUACGGUACUACCGUGGAAGAGCUGUCAAAGUUGUUCAGUGACUUUGGAGAUCUUGGGCGUAUCAUUCUACCGCCUGCUGGUACGAUCGCUAUCGUUGAAUUCUUGCAAUCCGUCGAUGCCCGAACGGCAUUCGCGCGCUUGGCUUACAGAAGGUUCAAGGAAGCGAUCAUGUAUCUGGAGAAGGCGCCGCGAGGUAUCUUUGAUGGUGAGAAGGCUGCUGCAACUAAUGUCACAGCAAGUGGCCCUGUUCCCGUGGAUGCCAAGUCCACGGCUGACGAAGUUAUGGCUGCUAACCCUGUCGAUGUCGACGCCAUGGACAGCGCUACCUUGUUCAUCAAGAACCUCAGCUUCAAGACCGAGACUGCUGGACUCAUCGAACUCUUCAAACCCCUCAACGGCUUCUUGUCAGCCCGCGUCAAGACCAAGCCGGAUCCUAAGCGUCCGGGACAGACACUCAGCAUGGGUUUUGGUUUCGUCGAGUUUGCUAGCAAAUCCACGGCCAUGGCUGCUAUGAACGCCAUGCAGGAUGUCACCCUCGACGGCCACAAACUUCAAAUCAAGGUUUCCAACAAGGGCGUGGAUGCAGCCGCAGAACGCAAGGCGGGUGAUCAAGCAAAGAAGGCAGCCGCUGCCUCCACAAAGAUCAUCAUCAAGAACCUGCCUUUCGAGGCGACGAAGCGCGAUGUCCGCGAACUUUUCGGAGCAUACGGGCAGUUGCGCACGGUCCGUGUACCCAAGAAAUUCGACAACUCUGCUCGCGGUUUUGCUUUCGCAGAGUUUGUUACCACUCGGGAAGCGGAAAACGCGAUGGCUGCGCUCCGGGAUACGCAUUUGUUGGGCAGGCAUCUCGUGUUGCAGUACGCUGCUAAGGAUGCGGAGACUGGCGAGGAGGAAGUUGAGAGGGCUCAGGAGAAGGUACGCAAGCAGAUUAAGCUUGAUGACCAUGCGAAGGCACGCGGAGCAGGAGGUAAGCGUAGGGUUGAGAUGGAGGAGCCUGAGGAGUUUUAGUUCAUCGAAAGCCUGAUAAUCAAAAGAUUGUUAAAAAGCUGCAAAUUUAUCACUCUUGCCCUUUACGCGGACAUCGAGCAAUG